AUGGGUCAAUGUUUAUCAAAUCAUAACAAAUAUAAAAAAAAGAAACAGAAUUCUACAACUCAAACUUAAUAAUCUUAAAUUCCAUCGAAAUAGUAAUCUAUUUAUAGUAUCGAUGGAUAAAGACUUUUUGAAAAUCUUCAAAGUUUAGAUAAGCCAGGACCUCAAACAAUAGAUUUGAACUUAUUAAUUAAUUACUAUAUACCUUAUUUUGAAACACAUAUAAACUUUCAAAUGGAAAAUUGGAAAAAUAUAGUCUUAACAGAAACCCAAGCAAUAAAUCAAAUAGAAAAAGCAAAUAUUAACUAAAUAAAUGAUUGUAGCAAUUAAAACAUUAUAGAUGAAGUUCCCUUAUUCUCUAAUGAGGAAAAUACUUAAUAGGAUUUAGAUUAUGUUUUACAAUUAAAUUCUUUGAACGAUCUAUAAAUUCAUAUAUAAAAUUUUGAUGCUUCUAUCGAUUAAAUAUUUUUCGGAUGGAUUAGUAAAGGAUUUAAGAAUAUUCUUCCUUAUAUUGCAUAUAUUCAAAUCAUGUUUCUUUAUAUAAAAGAAGGGCUAAAAAUAUUUCAUUAUAUUGGAUAUUCAAUUUUAAAUCAACAAUAAUACGGAUAUAUUCAUAAAUUAAAAAAAGUUUAUUAUGGAUCAAAUGAAUCCUUUGUUUUUUAAAUUCAUCCUAAAUAAAAUGUUUAUUAUUCCACAAAUGUUAACAAUAAUCAUAUAUAUAUUGAAGAUUAAUACUUUACAAUUGGUAGUGAUAAUAAUGCUAUAAGAAUCGAAAGUGAUUUAAAUGGGAAAACUUUUAAAUGUGAUACUUAUGGUAAUCCACCUUUAAAUAACGCAGAUGAAAAUAAAUUCGAAUAAUAGAGAUUUAAUACUUUAGAUUUAGAAGUUUAUGCUUUAUGUUUUUAUUCUUGA